UACCCCCCCUCUCCUUCCAUCUCCCCUCCUUUUCUCUCUUUUGCCAUCUCCAGGAUGGCUACCCCUAUCCCUGGAGCAUCCCUCCCUCCCUCCUUCCCAGCAGGAAGAUUUUCCUUGCUUGCAAGGCAGUGCCCCCUCCCCCAGAGGAAACGUGAAAAACGUCUGAACCCUCCUGGGGAGAAAGGGGUGGGUUGGGGAGGGGGGUGGAGAAGAGAGAGCCACGGGCCUCCUCGUUUCGCAAGGUUAGAGGCGGGUUGCGAGUAAAACGAAAGUUAAAGCUUCGCAGAUCGCAUCUUCCUCCGGGAUUGCAAAGCUGCUCGGAUUGCAAACGAACUGCGAUGGCCGGGGAAGCCACCUCUGAGCCCGAGUCGUCCGCUUUCCAGCCGACGGAGAUGAAUGAGGAGUUUCAGUUCCUCCUAUGUGACAGAUGCCAUGCAGAGGUCCCAUGCCCCAAACUCCUGCCCUGCCUUCACAAUCUGUGCACCCGGUGCCUUGAAGAAAACAAGCCAAUCAGUCUCUGUGUCAUCUGUGAAACUCCACACUUCCACCUUGCAGAGAUCCGCGAAACUCUGGAUAACGUGUUCUUUGCCAAUCUCCAAGUCAGGUUCAACCUCUACCAGAAGGUCACUGGGAGCAAAGGCUCGAUUUGUGAUAACUGUAGGACACAGGCAGAGUUUUGGUGUUCCACCUGCGAGGAGUUCCUUUGCCUCUUGUGCUUUCGAAGCCACCAGAGAUACCUGAAGAAAGAAAGCCACGAAGCUAGACCGCUGAAGGACUUCCAGGCAGAAUCUUGCAAAGACUUCCUCUCAACCAUCAGAAAACCCAUGUUUUGUACCAAGAUGGGGCACAACACCCAAAUGUUAAGCCUCUACUGCAAGCAGUGUAGUCAAUCCAUGUGUGCCAUUUGUGCCGUCCUCGACAACAAGCACAUGGGUCAACAUUGCGACAUCAGCCAGGAAAUCCAGUGCAGGCAGAAUGAAUUGCAGAACAUGAGCGCAGAGCUGAAGGAGAAGAAGAACGCCUACGACGAGAACUACGGCAGCCUUGAGGAACUGGUGAGAAACAUGGAGCAGUUGAGGAAUGAGACGCAAGAGCUGAUCCAGCAGAAGAUAGAGGAGAUGAUCCAGAUGCUGCGAGAAAAGGGCAAAGGAUUCUUAGCAGACGUAGAGGCCCAACAUAACCACCAGGUCCAAGACGUGAAGAAGAAACUGCAGGAGAUGGACGGAGUGGUCCAGAGAAUCACAUCCAGCCAGAGGUUGGUGGAGAAGUUGCAUAUCUAUGCUUCUGGCCAGGAGGUGUUGGAGAUGCAUCCUUUCCUGAAAAAGUCCAUGAUGGAGCUCAGAAGGAAGCAGCCCUCUACGGCAAAGGGAAUCAAAGUGAGGAACUUCCUAGGAACCAAGAGCAAACUUCAAGAUUUGCUCGAAAGAGUGACAAAAGACAAAGUUUCCUCCACAGCCAACGGAGCCACUCUCCCGCUCUCUGCCAGCUGUUCCACUUCUGUCUCAGGUUCAGACACCAACUUUCCCAGAGGAUCUGGAGCUACGAAGUCAACACCAGAAACUGUUCCAGCUAAAACCCAAACAGAGCCUCAGGAGAACCUUUCUGGAAGAUCAUCGCUAAAAAGGGAAUACGCUGAAGUGGAAAUCAACACGGGGGACCCUCCCAAGAUGGUCAAAAUCGAGCCGUUAAACAAUAAGGAAUGGGACAAUCCCACCCUGAUGAAGAAUGAGCCUGGGACCAGUUAUGGACUGACUAGAGGUUCUUACAACACAGGAAGCCAAGGAGGCCCCAGAGGAACCCCUGAUGAUACUCUUCUGAUUGCUCCUGAGGAGAAUUCAUCUGAUCUAGAAAAUGACUCUUCAAUUAACAUUUCUUCAGAAGAAGAAUCCACUGAUGAUGAGGAUGAAACCGGGGCCUCAGUUCUUCCCCUGGACAUCAACACUACAUCACAAGUUGGCCAGAAAAGCCCUACGAGGUAUCCGUUAAGCCAACCUGCAAAUGUCAGCUUGGAGUCCAGCACCAUAUUCUUUGACCUCAAGACUCUACCAGGAAAUACCUUUCACCUGGUCGCUCUUGGAGAGGGAACCUUUUUCCGUGUCACGAUUUCUUGCCUGGAAAAUACAAACGACAAAAUCUGUGUGUUUGGCUUGGAUGAGUUCCUCCACUAUCUCGGCAGCCUCCAGAUGCCCAUUUUGGUGGGAUACAAGCUAUGGUCCAUGGACCUCGCUGCUCUGCUUGAUGCCCUUCAGAGAAUCAACACAGAAGGACUCUUUGAGGCGUCCAUCUUUGGUUUCCUGGAUGCCUUCCCCCUCAUCAAAGAGAAAUUCCCUGAUAUCUCUAAUUAUUCACUGAAGAAUUUAGACAAGAUAUACCUGUGGGGACAGCUGGACAGCACCAACGCAGGCGAGUGUGCCAAAACUCUGAAGGACCUCUGUACCAUCUUUGAAAUUAACAACAUGUUCCAGAGUAGGCCUCUUAUUGCCUGCUCCAGCUUCAGGUGUUACGCCUCGCUUCAACCUCUCCUGCGGGAGAAAGUCCUCUCCAUGCCCUCGGUGCAGACUUUGGCCCUGCAUAACAUCUCCCUUACCAUGCUGCAGUCUGUCUAUCAAAGCGAUCCCGACAACGGGCUGACGAAACUGUGCAGGUGUUUGAACAGCAGGCGGAGGAUCGGGGAGAAAAAAAUUAUACGGUUGAGCAAGAUCCGCGCCUAUUUCCGAAACCUCCCAUCGUCCUCUCAAGGUUCUUCCCUUCCAGAGAUUCAUUAAGGAACACUCUUAGUUACUAGGGGAUUAAAAUGACCCCUCUGUGAACACAAGGGAAUUCUUCUGAAGUGAAACCACACAGGCCUGGGUGAUAUAUAUAGCUGGCCAAAGGUCUCCUGAUAACAUUCAUGAGAACAUGACUGAGUUUUUCAUAGACCACAUCAAAGUGCUUUAUGGACUCAACCACAGAUGGUUAGGUUUGUUUUUUGUUUUUUUUUAAAUUUGAUUUAUACGCCGCCCUUCUCCGGAGACUCAGGGUGGCUUACAAUGCGUUAAGCAAUAGCCUUCAUCCUUUUGUAUAUUUAUACAAAGUCAGCUUAUUGCCCCCACAAACUGGGUCCUCAAUUUACCUACCUUAGAAAGGAUGGAAGGCUGAGUCAACCUUGAGCCUGGCAAGAUUCGAACUUACUUUAAUUGCAGACAGCUGGUGUUAAAUUGCAGUGCCUUGUCUGCAGAGCUAUCCAAGCUCCAGGCUGUGCAUGAAGCGACACCAUGAGGCUUGAUUUACGAAUCGCAACAGGACAAGGUUCACAGGACAACUUUGUGCAGGUCGCAUUAUGGUUUAAAGCCAUAAUGCAAGCCAAAAGGUCUUCUCAGUCCAUCAUGGUAUCUCUCAAGGGACUCUUUGCUCAUACACAUGAAAUAAUUGACGAUAUGACAUCUGAAUGUCCACCACAAAAGCUCAGCUAGUGUUUUAGGAAACUGAGAACAUCUUCAGUGGUAGUUGCUACCAGCAGUUCCAAAAAACCCUAGUCAGUGAGAAAAAAGGCUAGAAGUCAAAGUUAGCAGUACCUGUUAAUGUCACAUGUGUUGUUGUUUUUUCCCCAGUUUCUAUGUCUUCCGAUCCAAGGAAUCUCGUCAUAUAUCCUUCAUGUAGAUUAAAUACAAUGGCAAUAUUAGAAGUUGCAAUGAAGUUAUAAUACUUACAACUUCCUUUCUGAAAUCCCAGGCUAAGUUUGCUUCUGAUCAACCUCUUUCACUUCUCAAAGGGCCCAGUUGGUGCCUUGGAAUCCUUAAGUAUCUGGUUGUCUUGGGAGGUCAGAUAAUCUUAAGGAUUUGAGGUCAAGCUUCUAUCCACAAAUUUACAUAUUGAGAAUGUGAGAUUAUUAAGAACAGAUGCUUCAGCAAAAUCCUUUUUCUACUGUAAACUCAAACCAAUAAAACUAUGUUAUCUUUUGA